GUUGUAUUACAUCCCAGCGGAAGGCCCGCGGGCGGCGCUAGGACCCCGCGGAUACCGAGCCGGGGAGGCGCCUUGGAUCGGGCACAGCGGCGCUUUCACACCGGCUGCAAUUUCAACUUUGAAGUUCCACCUAAAACUUUUGCUGCGGUUGUAAACGCUGAAUACAGGUACAUGUAAAACACGCUGUGUGAUUUUAACACGCGAAUCUCCGGCCGGUCGGUGCGUGUAUGUCUUCUUCCCUUUAUGUGCGCUGUGAUCUUCCUGGAAACACACCUGCGUGAUUCAGGUGAAGAGGGAAGUCCGUGUCAUUGAGCGGCGAAAGUGACUGAUCCACUGCGGUUUGGGUUACCUGUGCGUGUCCGAGGUGUUCAGUGUUUGUCCUGCAGGGAUGUGUUCCAGCCGGAGUUUGUGCGGCAACACCAGCCGAUCCUCCGGCUCCGAGGGCACCGGUUCGGGCGCUCACUAUGCCCUUUGCGCCCUCGGAGUGGGACUCAUAGCGCUGGGUAUCGUCAUGAUCGUGUGGACCGUUGUACCGAUGGACGGUGAGGACUCGGGCGCCACCCCCACGCCGCCUAGCAACUCCACUGCAGGGCCCGACGCCAAAGACAGCUCGCAGCCGUCCACCGUGGCCAUGGUGCUGGUGGGAGUCGGGGUGGCCGUAUUGCUGUUAUCCAUACUCCUCUGUGUGAGAAGCAGGAAGAAACGAGGCAAUGCGACUAGCCAGCCAGCGGCGACCGCAGACGCCCUCCUGAACCAUGUGGCAAGGGAGCCGGAGGAAGCAGCGGCUGACCGAGCCUCGUACACCGUGCCGAGUUACGAGGAGGUCGUCACCAGUGGCGCCUACCCCGUCCGCCAGAGCAACCUCCGCAACAGCACGUCCCAGCUGCCGUCCUACGAGGACAUCAUAGCUGCCGUGGAGAACGAGGGGACGGGGCCCGCCGACGGCGCCUCCGAGGUCACGCCGCUCGGUGAGGCCGCCCCGGGGCCCGCCGUCCCGGGGCCCGCUGCCGAGCCCCGGAAUGCCCGGCCCGGCCUUUCGUCCAACCACAGCCUGCUCACUCGCAGCGCUAGCCGGGCGAGCCGUUUGCUGCGGCCCCUGCGGGUGAGGAGGAUCAAGUCGGACAAACUUCACCUGAAGGACUUCCGCCUCCAGAUCCGCAGCCCCACGCAGAACCCGGUGACCAUCGAGCCCAUCACUCCGCCGCCGCUGUAUGACAAUAAGAUGCCGGAGUUAGAGUAGCGUGUCUCUCUCUCUUACUGCCUGCUCCCCACUGAGGAGGUUAAAUGUAGCUGAGAGCAAUGUGACGGAGGCUCUGCAGACACACGCCUGGAAUGAGAACAUUGAGUCCUCACUGAAGCUUGCGAUUUGCUGUGGUUAUUAUUAUUUCUUUUGUAAAGCAUCUUUAAUUCUGCAUGAAAGGAUAAGCUGUCAAUGGUGAGAUUUUGUUUGACGUCAAGCCAGAACUGUCAAACACGGGGCAGCCUUUGAGUUUUAUUUAAUAGACGAUUUUGUGUUGCAAUGAAAAGCAUCCUGAACUUUUGUCUGUGUUAGUCACAUUACUGGGAAUUCUUGUUGUUUCUGAUGCUGGUUAAUUGUGGGACUGUGUGAACUGUAUUGUUUUAAUUAAAAAGGGGGAAAGGGGAAGUAAUUACUUGGAACAUUUUUAAUUUGUGUUAAGUAUCGCAAGCAUUAGAUGUGCAACAUUUUUGUUGAAAUGUAACUGCAAAGAAUGUAAGAUUUUAAAAAAGCUGUUUGAGUGCUUUUUAUACUUUAAAAUCUAAUUGUUAUAAACAAAUUGUUGUUGAAAAUGCCGUAUAUAAAGUAGCAGUCAGACGUUUGGACAGACAUUCUCAUUGAAUAAGUACAUGUCCUACAGUACCAGUUAAAAGUGUGGACAAGUGUGAACUGUAAAAUAUUGGAAACUAAUUAUAAUCCACUGUAAGAGUAAAACAAAAGGAAAAAUGAUAUUCUGCUAUGGAAAGUAAGCUUAACUAAUGCAUUUUUGUAAGACUCGAUAUUUCUAUGUUUUAUACUGUGUUUUAUGAUAUUGAUAAAGUAAAGAAUAUGUUUUCUAUUUAAUUUAGCUCUUAGCAAGAUUCUAUCAUAUUUAUUCCUUUUGCAAAAUGUCUCCGGUGAAGCAGCAAUGCAGAACCAGAACUCUAUAUAAUUUAACUACUUUUGUAUUUUUUUUAAAGAAACGUAACGUGUGCUCAAAGGAAUAUGAUUGUGGCUUUGGCUCCUGAUUUUUAAGCCCCUUCCUCCUGUACAUCCCGGUAACGUUACAACGUUCCACCCAUUGACAUACAGUUUAAUGUAUGUUAUGUACUCUGCUUUAAAGGACUCUCCCUUUUC